AUGGCUUCUUCCACAUCAAGCAAUGGGCCGGAUACGGGGCCACGAAAAUAUGCCUACAACAUUGAAGCUGCCCGCGAGCGGGAGAUGCACCUUUACCUACCGUACUGGGGUUUCUCACAAUCCGAGAAAUACGCGCAGCAAUCAACUGGGUACUCGCCGAACGUCUCACGCGACAACGUCCUAACCGUUUUCGCCCAACUAGCGAGCCUCCGACUAGACACGAAACGAGUCCUCAUCUCCCUCUUCGACCGCACAACGCAAUACGUCGUCGCCGAAUCGACACGCAAACUCGGCCUCCGGAGUCAAAAGAGUGGCGAGAGUUCAGAUGCGCUCUGGCGUGGAGUCCAGCAGCUCCCUCGGGACGAAAUACCAAUGUGCAAAUUAGCGAUGGAUAGCUUUACAAGUCAACGUAAAGAUAGCUUCAUAGUACCCGACCUCUGGGAGGAUGAUCGAUUCAAAUCGGCCCCUAUUGUGGCUGGCUCGCCCUCUCACCGAUUUUACAUCUCGGUCCCAAUCAGGUCGCCUGAGAACUAUGUGAUUGGAAGCGUUGUGGUAUUGGAUGAUAAACCACGUUAUAGGGUCUCCGACGAGUCGAUAGAUCUAUUGCAUGAAGUGAGUGUUACAAUUAUGGAGUACCUCAUUUCGCGGCGUGCAAUGCGCGAGGAACAUCGCGAAGAAAAGAUGGUACGAGCGCUGGGUCUCUUUGUGCGUGGCAAAGCAGACUUGAGCGAGGGCAUUGACGGUGCCACUGCGUCAGACAGAAAGCAAGACGACCUCGAUCAAGUCAGCGAAAAGCUGGAACAGGUUCAGAUCGCUGAUGAGGCGGGAGAAGACCGAAACUCGGAUGACCGAGGAAGACUCCCUAAAGCAUCUGGUGAUAAACAUAGAGCUACGGAAAGAACGAAAAAGGUUGACGCAAGCGAGAGUCGAUCCCCUAUAAGAAAAUUCAAAUCGCAGGACGACGACGAGAAAGAACCAGAAGCCACAACUGAAGACGAUGAACAGCCCCCUGCACUUACACCGACUACCAAGCAACUGAAAAGGAAGCUUGCGCCAUCCAAUGUCCAAUCGGCACUCAAUCGGGCCUCAUGCCUGAUGAAUCAAGCAUUGGAUGUGGAAGGUGCUCUGUUCCUCGAUGCCAGCGUAUACACUAGACGACUGAUGAUUGGCUCAAUCACUGAUAACGACAAUAGUCAGACUCAAGUAUCUACUGGAAAGGUGUCCAGCGGUGAUGAUCACGUUAAUGGCCAAAAAGAUAACGGCUUCGAGGAAGAGGGCAAGGAUUCGAGAACACUGGUACUAGGGUACGCGACCUCCUCGGACUCCAGCAAAACAAAAGGCCAAGGCGAAAGCCAUUAUAUAUCGAUCCCUGGUAGCUUUGUGAAUCAUCUGAUUGAUCGCUACCCGAGAGGAAAGAUAUUCCACAUUGAAAGAGACGGUUCGAUCGCGGUCAGCUUCGAAGGGCUGGCAGACGAUGUCAGUCAAGCGUACGACGCCAAGGACCGGGUUGUCAAGGCUGUAUCACCAAAAGAGCAAAACCUCGAGAUCGAAAUGAUGGAAAUCAAGUACUUGCAUAAGGUUCUGCCUGAUGCACGAUGCAUUGCCAUCUACCCGGUCUGGGAUUUCCAACGCGGUCGGUGGUUUACAGUCAACUUGGUAUGGGCCAACGAUCCCGGCCGGAUAUUGUCUGAGCCGAAGGAUUUAACGUAUAUGGCUGCGUUCAGUAAUAGCGUCAUGGCUGAAGUAUCCCGUAUGGAUGUGGAGGCCGCUGACCGGGCCAAAGGUGACUUCAUCUCGUCAAUCUCCCACGAGCUGCGGUCCCCACUUCACGGUAUUUUAGGAACCGUCGAGUUACUACAAGAGACAGUCUCUACUUAUGCACAAAAGGGUCUUGUGGACACUGUUUAUAGCUGUGGACGGACUUUGCUGGAUACACUCAAUCACUUACUUGACUACGCCAAGAUCAACACCCUCACUACACCGGCUGCGUCAGCUCUAGCAGAGAAGGGUGACGGUGGAAACACCAGCAUCUCUCAGCCAAAAAUAGCGGUUCCAGGAAUCCUCCAGGGUGAGGACCUAGCUUCGCUAGCGCAGGAAGUUAUAGAAGGACUCCUGGCAGGUGCCGAGUUCCACAGUCGUGAGGUCAACUCUGCACCCGAGACCGCCAGGGACACUGGUCGCCGGGGAUCUGCAUUACUCGAGACAGGAAAGGGAGAUGGUCGUAUGAUUACCAUUGUGGACAUCGAAUGGCAGGAUAGCUGGCAUUAUCCGGUUUAUGCUGGCGCCUGGCGCCGAGUGAUCAUGAAUCUUUUCGGCAAUGCCUUGAAAUACACCGCAAGCGGCUAUAUCCGAUUAUUAAUGAAGAGGGAUACCAUGAACGUGAACACACAUGAAACAGUUCCCGCAGUACGACUUAUUGUUAGUGACUCGGGACGGGGUAUGUCUCGAGACUUUCUUGUCAAUCACCUCUGCAUGGCCUUUGUCCAAGAAGAUACCGAAUCGCCUGGCCUCGGUGUGGGUCUUCACUUGGUCCACCAGAUUGUCAAGUCUCUUGGGGGAAAGAUCGAAUUUAGAAGUGAGGUUGAUAAGGGAACUGACGUGGACGUUAUCAUACCGGUGGAUGUUUCGUCCCCUCGAUCUGCCAUUGACUCUCCAUAUCAGCCUCUGAGGCAGAGGUUGAAUGGCAAGACAGUUUCAUUCUUCACUCGCAGCCUCCAACGCGGGGACUUGCAUAUAGGAUCAGACACGUUCAACGACAUUCUGUCCAGUCUCAACCACAUGGUGAGUGAAUGGUUCGGCUUGAAGGUUCUCGAUAUGAAAGCGCUUGAAUCGGGACCAGCGGACUUCAUCAUCGUGACGGAUCAUGAGUACCGAACAAUGGCCCAAGACUCCGUGGAGUCAGAUGUCCGGAGGCCCAUUGAGUCAAGGAGCACAUACCCUCUAAUUGUUCUCAGUGCACAGGCCAGCAGCUGGAAAGUGGUCAAAGAGAAUGACGAGGAUCGUGCAGUCUUUUUGGCUCAACCUGUGAGCCCAAGGUCACUGGCAACUGCUUUCGAGCAUUGCUUGAACCAAGGAGGAAAGGGAAACGAAAACCAAGCCAAAAAGAUAUCCCUCUUGGCUAAUCAUCUGGGGACAGAGAUUGAUUUCCCGAGCAAGCAGCAAAGUGAAUUUAAAUCCCCGGAUCAAGGGGAUGAGUGCAAACCGGAAGAGUCUUCUGAAGUGCUUCUUGUAGAGGAUAAUCCUGUCAAUCUGAAGAUUAUCGAGACAUGCGUGAAAAACGCGAAUUUUAGAUAUCAAACCGCUAAAAAUGGGAAGGAGGCACUCGAAAAGUUCGAAAAGAAUGCCUUCAAAGUAGUUGUUAUGGAUAUCUCCAUGCCUGUCAUGGAUGGCCUGUCCGCUAGCCGGGCCAUGCGACACUUCGAAAGAAAAAGCGGGCGCCCACCUGCUUCGAUAGUAAUUCUUACAUCAGUUUUAUCUUCUGAAAAGCAACAAGAGGCAAAUGAUAGCGGGGUUAAUGUGUUUCUAACCAAGCCCGUGCCAUUGAAGCAGCUUAGAGAGAUGCUUCAUAAAUUUGCACAUUCUACGGAUGACGAACGUGAAUAA